AUGGCUGUCGGUAAACACAAGGCCAAUGGUGUGGCCAUCGCUUCUCGGUCAAUUGCGCUGCAACUUGCUGUACAAUCUCGAAUUCACCACUUCGGGCUCACGAGCACUCUGUUCCUAUCGGACCAAGUCUCCAUCUUAUUAGCAAUGUUCAGCAACAACAAGAUCUUUGGACUCUGCAUCGCCGUCGUGGCUCUUUCGAGCGGUGCACAUGCUGAGAAGCAAGUGGCUGAGACCUUCGGACUACUCGACGCGUCUGGUGUCGAUAAUGGUGUCGGUGUUCCCGGUGUCGCUAGUGUCGGAGUGGGUGGCCCCAGUUACGUUGGUCCAGGUGUUAGGCCUAUUCUCAACCGGCCGCACCGCACCGCAUCGCACAAUUUUGUUCCGUGCGGUCGCGUCGGACACCAGGAGGUGAUGCAACUCGAGGUGCACUAA